AUGAAGAGUUUUCUAUGUAUUUUUUCAAUUCUUAUACCGAUAUCGAUAUCUUUUCCACAUCAAUUAGCAGAAGAUUGGGUGUCCGGAAAUAACUCUUUUACAUCUAGUACAAAUGGCACGUCAGAUGAGGAUAGAUGGACAGAAGAACAAAGAUUAUUAUAUUAUUUACUUCGUAAUUAUGAAAAAGCUGUACGACCUGUACGCAACGCGUCAGCCACAAUCACUGUGCGCUUAGGGAUGACAAUGACAAAUAUUUUUGAUAUGGAUGAACGUAACCAAGUUUUAACCAUAAACGUCUGGCUUGAUCAAGAAUGGAAUGAUGAACUGUUACGUUGGAAUCCACAAGACUUCGGUGGGAUCGAAUCUUUACGCAUUCCAUGUGACCUUAUCUGGCUUCCAGAUAUUGUUCUGUACAACAAUGCUGACGACUACACAGCCGGGUACAUGCGAUCCAGAGCUAUGGUUCUAUACACCGGAACUGUUUUUUGGCCACCACCUACACAACUACGAAGUACUUGCAAAGUUGACGUUUCUCUAUUUCCAUUCGAUGAGCAGAAGUGUUUUUUGAAGUUUGGCUCGUGGACUUAUCAUGGCUUUCAAGUUGACAUAACUAAUCGAAGUGACAAUAUCGAUCUGACUAAUUACGUUCCAUCUGGAGAAUUUGAAUUAGUUCGAGUUUCGCAGAAGCGUCGUGUUGUCAAAUAUACAUGUUGUCCGGAACCUUAUCCAGAUAUUACGUUUUUCAUACACAUCCGAAGAAAAACUCUGUUUUAUUUAUAUAACAUUGUUUUUCCUUGCCUGAUGAUGUCCGUACUCACUCUUCUAGUUUUUAUGCUCCCACCAGAUUCAGGAGAAAAAAUUGCUCUGGGAAUAACAGUUUUACUCGCAUUUUCAGUGUUCGUCUUGGCGAUUGCUGAAAAAAUGCCCGAAACAUCAGAUUCUAUGCCUUUAAUUGGAAUUUAUUUGACCGUCGUUAUGGGUAUGACUUCUGUCUCAGUUGUGAUGACUGUCUUGGUUUUGAAUUUUCAUCAUCGUGGACCUUUUAAUGAGCCGAUCCCUUAUUGGGUUCGUGUUAUGAUUCUCGAGAGACUUCGUAAAAUUCUUCGCAUGAAAUUGCCAUCACCUGCUGACAGUACGAACAUCAACUCUAUCUAUUGCCCUAAUGGUGGAAGUAUAAUGAGAAGAAAAUCUGUGAGGGUGGCAAUGGAUGAUAUGAAAAAUGAAGUUAUCAAUGAGAUGGGUCCUGAUCUGCUGCUUAAUGGUGGAAAUGAGGCUGCCCUCAACUGUCAACGAAAGAGGACAGAUUCACUUCAAGUUCCUGGGCAGACAGAAGUGAUAUUGGAUGGCAAUGGAAUAACUAGAAAGCGUCGUCGUAGUAACGAAGAAGUUCAAACAAAACUGAUAAAGACGUUACAAGUUCUAAUACGAAGGCAACAAAAAGAGGAUGAUAGUGAGAAAAUGGCCAAUGAAUGGCGACAAGUCGCUCAGGUGAUUGAUCGGUUAUUGUUUUGGAUUUUUCUUGUAGCGACAGUUAUGAUAACAAGUAUCUUACUGGUCUUUAUCCCAGCUAUAUACAGACCAAGCAAAGAAUUUGAAGAUGGGUAA